AUGAUAAUUAUAUCAUUUUUAUGUUGUCUAUCUUUAGUAUUGGCAAAUUUAGCUAAUUUUGAUGAUAAUAAACAUUCACAAAUUUGUGCGGGAGUUUAUUCAAAAAAGGAUUGGGGUGGAUCAUUAAAACCUCAUAUUGGAUUAAAUUUAAAACAAUUUAAAAAUCAUAAAUAUGAUCCUAAAAAUAAAGAUAAAAAAUAUGAUGAUAUAUCAGUAUCUUAUAUAAUAUUUGAAUAUAAAGAUCUUAUAAAUAUUGGAGUUGAUGUUGGUGAUGGGAAAUAUAAAUUUAUAUGUGAUGAUUAUGCAGUUGAAACAUUAAAAAUAUGUACUGAUGAACAAAAAGGAAAUUUUAUUGUUAAUUCAAAUCUGACAAAUUCAACUAUAUUAGCAUCUCAAUUAACUCAAUUAGGUCCUGCAGAUAUUCAUUAUCCAAUAAAUAGAACUGGUUAUUAUUGUGUUUCAACUUUUUCAAAAUUUGAUAAUGAUCCAAAAUAUAAAGGAAUUAUUAAUUUUCAAAAUGCUUUUGGACAAUUAAAUGCUAGUGAAAUACCUAAAUUACCAGCUUAUGGGAUUUUAACUUUAUGUUAUGCAAUUGCUUUAGCAUUAUUUGGAUUUCAAUUUUUUAAAAAAAGAAAAGAAAAUCAAAUAUUACCUUUACAAAGAUAUUUAUUAGCAAUGUUGGGAUUUUUAACAUUUGAUACUUUAGUUGUAUGGUCAUAUUACGAUUAUUUAAAUAGACAAGGUCAUGGAGGAUUUGCCAUAGCAUAUAUGGUCUUUAUGGCUAUUUGUAAUGCUAUAAAAAUUACAUUUUCGUUUUUCUUAUUACUUUGUAUUGCUUUAGGUUAUGGUGUUGUCAAAUUAAAACUAAACAAAAGAACAAUGUUAUAUUGUAAAAUUUUAGCAGGAUUUAAUUUUGUUUCAUCUUUGGUAUAUCUUAUUUUCAAUUAUUUAGGAGGAUCAUCAAGUGCUUUAGUUAGUUCAGAUAGUAUUGAUGAAGGAGGAGCAGGAAGUUUAUUAUUAUUACUUCCCUUAAUCCCAAUAUCAAUAGUGUUAUCGAUUUAUUAUGUCACAAUUUUAACUUCAAUUAGAAAAACUACGCAAUCAUUACAUCAACAAAGACAAAUUAUUAAAUUACAAUUAUAUCAAAAUCUUUUUAGAAUUAUUUUCCUUGCUAUUGUUAUAACAUUCCUUGGAUUAACUUUAAGUUCAUUUAUAUAUCUUAGUAUGUCAACAACUGAAAUGUUUGAACAACAUUGGAAGAGUGCAUUUUUCAUUUUUGAUUUUUGGCCAAGUGUGGUAUUUUUUGUUGUAUUUUUAAUUGUUGCUUGGUUAUGGAGACCAACUGAAACAAGUUAUAUGUUGGCAGUAUCACAACAAUUAUCAACUAAUGCCGAUGAUGAUGAUCCAGAUUAUCAACAACCAGGCGGUCAUGAAUUUGAAUUAGAUGAUUUAUCAUUAAUGAGUCAUGAUGAUGAAGAAAACAACAAUCACGGUGACGACGAGACAUUUGGACACACAAAUAGAAAUGAUAGUUUUGAACUUGGGGAAGAUGAUAAACAACUGAAGAAAAAAACCAAUCAACAACAACAAGCACCACCAACUUAUGAAGAAGUGGAUCAUAGAAAUUCAACACAAGAAAAUGGAGAGAAUAGAGAGAACGGAGUUACUUUAUUUGAUUUAGGUGAAGAUGAUAGCGAUGCGGGAGAGGAUGAUCGAUUGAAAAAUGAUAGGCAUAGAGAUUAA